AUGGAGAACCCUGUGGCUGAAAUCCCAACGGUAAUCCGUCUUCUGACGCAGUCGCCGCCGUCUGUGCAGGAAACUGUCCUGGGGCGGUUCUACACCAACAAUGCAUCUUUUGUCCAUCCCUUCUGUCGGGUUCCCAGCUUCCAGGGGAGCCGAUGGUGGGUUGCAAAGAUCUUUCAGUGGUACAAGAUUAUGUCGCCCCGAAUCGAGUUGGAGGUCCAUUCUAUCGCAUUCGACGAGGAAAAGCUCAAACUUUAUGUGAAUAUGUCACAAAUCUUCUCUAUCUGGCUUGUUCCUUUCCAUGUUGCUCCAGUCAGCCUCACCACUGUCUUGGAUUUGACUUUUGAAUCUCCCACGAGCGAUGCCACGACCAAUGGGGACCACAGACUUUACUACAUCACCCAGCAAGAAGAUCUAUACCAAACCUCGGAGUUUAUCAAGUUCAUCAUGCCACACAUUGGAUACUGGCUUGUUUUUGGCUGGCACCUGAUUGCAACGCUCUUCUGUGUUGCUGGUGUCAUGUUGCUUUGGCCGAUAUUGUGGCUGGAAGAAAAGCGUUAUAUCCCAGCUUUCAAAUCUUCCAAGGUUGCUGUUAAUGGAUACCUGUGA